UGGGGGUGCAAUAAUCUCCUUUCUUCUUGCUUGGGAGGGGUUAAUGAUUCAUGGGUCAACAGGCCAGCUCUGAUUUCUGCAGAAUUUCAGGCUCUCUCUGUGAGGCCAGAUCUGAGCAUGUGGGCACUAUAAAACUCCUCCUUUGCCUGGGGGGCUGGAGGAGAGCAGUCCCCGUUCCAUCCUGCGAGUGCUGAACGUGCCAGGGCUCUCCAUCCCCUGCCUCCACAGCUCCAGAUACUGGCCCAGGAGGGAGUGUGGUGACAUCUGUGGGACCUCCAGGCAGGAAUAAACAUGUCAGCUUUGGAGCUGGGGAGGCAGAGGAGCUGUGCAGCUGUCCUUGGGUCACUCCUCGCUGCUGCUCUCGUCGUGACUGUCCACAGUCGCUGUCCCCCUCCGCCGCGCUCGCCGUCGGCACAGCCCAAGAAGCAGCUGGAGGGCAUCGAGCUCUUCCCCUAUGGCUACAGGAUGGAGUUUGUCUGCAGGCCAGGCUACAGCAGAAAUGCCUACACCCCAAACGUCCUCAUCUGUGGAGUGAACGGGGUGUGGCGUGGACCCAGUGAGAUGUGCACACCCAAGGCGUGCAGCUUCCCCGGGGAGCCGGCCAAUGGCAGACUGGUCCUGCCUGGAGCGUUCACUUUCGGUUCCAAAGUGAACUUCACCUGCGACACUGGGUACAGACUGAUUGGACCGUCUGAGAUUCAAUGUGUGAUCAGAAAUGAGGUUCUUACAUGGAACAGAGAUAUUCCCAUCUGUGAGGCGAUUCCCUGCGAACCCCCUCCAAAUAUAGCAAAUGGGAAGCACAGUGGGAUGGACAAGGACCAUUUUCAGUACGGGGACUCUGUCACCUACCAGUGCCACAAGACCGGGAGGGGAGAGAGACCUUUCUCCCUGCUGGGAGAGGCCUCCAUUUUCUGCACAAGCAGGGACAACCUGAACGGUGUGUGGAGCAGCCCAGCUCCAGAAUGCAAAGUGGUGACCUGCAAGCAGCCAAGAGUGGAGAAUGGGAAGCUGCUGAGCAAGUCCCAGCUCGACUACAGCUUUGGGGACACGGUGGUGUUCGACUGUGACUUCCGCUACAGCCUCAGCGGCAGCGGGGCCUCCACCUGCAGGGACAAUGGCCUCUGGGAGCCCCCCCUGCCCCUCUGCCAGCGCAGCAGCUGUGAUGACCCCCCAGAUGUGAGGAACGCUGGGAAAACCAGGCUGGCUGGCAAUCUGUUCCCUGUGGGCACCAUGGUCACCUAUGAGUGCCAGCAGGGCCACCAGUUCAGAGCAGGGAAAAGCACCUGGAACAUCAGCUGCCUGCAGGACUUUGUGUGGAGUGAAGCCCCACCUCCGUGUGAAAGAAUUCCUUGCCCAGAUCCACACAUCCCAAAUGGCAAGCCCUUGCACCCAUGGCAAGUGAAGGAGGUUUAUGAGAGCGGGGACAGGCUGGAGGUGGCGUGCAGUGAAGGAUUUGCUUUCAAAGGCCGUCGCAGCAGCGUCACCCUCCACUGUGACAGCAACGGUGAAUGGGAUCCAGCAGUGCCAGAGUGCAUUCCAGAACAAUCUUGCCCAAAGCCAGAUGUCCCUCAUGGGAAGGAGGUUUAUAAAAGCAGGAGUGACUACACAGUGGGGACCCAGGUGAGGCUGGCCUGUGAAGAGGGCUUUGCCCUCAGGGGCAAGUCCGACUCCAUCACCUGUGGGGCUGAUCUGAGCUGGGAGCCCGAGGUGCCUUUCUGUGACCAAGUCUGUGGGCCCCCUCCACAGAUCGCCUUUGGGCAGCACUCUGGCAGAGGCGGCAGGGAGUUCUCCUACGGCGCCAAGGUGACCUACAGCUGUGCCGAGGGGCUGUCCCUGCUGGGGGACGAGGCCCUCUACUGCACCUCGGACGACGGCAAGAGCCUGGCGUGGAGCGGGCCUGCCCCGGAGUGCAGGGCGGUUCGGUGCCCCAAGCCCGUGCUGGAGAGGGGAAGGAUGGCCCCACAGAUGUUCACCUUUCCCUACGGGCUGCUCCUGCACUUCUCCUGCGAGGAAGGUUUCGGGCUGCGUGGCGCUGCCCAGAGCCAGUGCCAGGCUGAUGGCACCUGGCACCCGCCCGUGCCCACCUGCCAGCCAGUUCAGUGCCCCAGGCUCCCGAGGCAGGAGGACGUGGUGGUCAACUUCAACAAGAUGUGGUAUGAGGUGAAUGAGACUGUGACCUUCUACUGCAGACGUGAUGGGCACACAGGGGCAACUUCCAAAACCACCUGCUCAGCUGAUGGCACCUGGACACCACCACCCACGUGUAGGAAAAGUGAGGUGUGUGAGAGGGUUCUUCUAAACAAAGCAGCUUUCCAGUGUGGAAUUCCUCUGUCGGACCUGAAAACACAGCUGGAAAUCCAGAAGCUCCUCCUGGAGAUCCAGAAACUUGAAAGGGAGCUAAAAAUCAUCACCUACGGAGGCUGGGGGUGGUGUCAGCGCCGUGUUUGGCCUGUCCCCAACUUCCCACUGCUGCUUCCCCUUCACUGGCAGGCUCUCAGGGCAGAGGAGCUCUCCUUCCCAGGGCAGCUGCCACCCCACACCAUGCCCGGGCUCCUCGGGCCAGGGCAGCUCCUGGCAGUGCUGGUCCUGGUGCUGCAGCCCACGGGGACUCAGGAGGCUCAGUGUCCCAUCCCUUCCAUCGCACACGGGCAGCUGAGCUCUGCAGAGAACUUCACCUUCGGCAGCACGGCCACGCUGCAGUGCGACCCCGGCUUCGUGGGCACUGCCGCCACGGCGCGCUGCACGCCCAGCGGCAGGUGGUACCCACGGGUGCCCUCCUGCGUCCCAGGGCAGUGUCGCUACCCCCCUUCUGUGGAGUUCGCCGACUUCAAGCCCCGGCGGGAGUUCCCGGUGGGGACCACGCUGUCCUACUCCUGCAGAGCCGGCUUCUCGCUGAUCCCCGGAGUGUCCCCAACCAGCACCUGUCUCCAGAACUUCACCUGGACCGCGGUGCCCAGGCUGUGCCGCAAGGUGCAGUGUCCCAGCCCGGCCAUCCCCCACGGGACAGAAACCAGCCCCAGCAGAGCCGAGUACACCUUCGGGCAGCAGGUGGAGUUCCAGUGUGACCAUGGCUUCACGCUCCGGGGCAGCGACAGGGUGCAGUGCUCCUCUGACGGGAUGUGGAGACCCGCCGUGCCCUACUGUGACAGGGUCUGUGGUCCCCCUCCCCAAAUCGCCAACGGGCAGCACUCUGGCAUGGGGUUCACGCAGUUCACCUACGGCUCUGAAGUGAAGUACAGCUGCACAGAGGGGCUGUCCCUCAUCGGGGACAGGUCCCUCUACUGCACCUCCGAGGAUGGGGAGAACCUGACCUGGAGUGGACCUGCCCCGGAGUGCAGGGCGGUUCGGUGCCCCAAGCCCGUGCUGGAGAGGGGAAGAAUGGCCCCACAGAUGUUCACCUUUCCCUACGGGCUGCUCCUGCACUUCUCCUGCGAGGAAGGUUUCGGGCUGCGUGGCGCUGCCCAGAGCCAGUGCCAGGCUGAUGGCACCUGGCACCCGCCCGUGCCCACCUGCCAGCCAGUCCUGUGUCCACAGCCACGGGUGCCCUUUGGAAAGCUGACAAGCCCCUUGGUUGAGGAAAGGUGGUACCAGACCAACCAGACUGUCACCUUGGAGUGCCUUCCUGGCUACCAGUUUCCAGACAAUGGAAUGAUGGAAAAUGCCUGGACAGCCACGUGCUUGCCUGAUGGCAGCUGGACACCACUGCCCAAGUGUAUGAAAGAAGGUGAUGCUGAUGUGUGCCAAGAGGUUCACUACAUCAAAUCAACCUUCGAAUGCGGUGUGCCUGUAGAAAAGGUGAAAAGUCUGCUGGAAAUACAGAAACUGUUCCUGGAAAUUAAAAAACUAGAGAUGGAACUAGAAAACUGAAACAAAACUGGAUCCCUGUAACGCUCACCUUUCCUUUGGUGACCUCAGUUUGUGCAGUCACAGCAUCUCUAAAAAGGCUCUGGGUGAUUUCAUGGUUUAUGUUUGCAUGCCUGGAGCCAGAAAAAUAAUCACCAGUGCUUGGGAAGCUGCUUUUGCUGCGCUGGAUGCCAGAGCAGGGAGUGGGUUUUGCUCUAACCUACAAGCUUGAUUUGCUCUUUAACUAAUAAGUUGUUUCAUGUUUCAUAUUAGGAAGAAUAGAAAGAAAUUAAAUCUCGCUUUUUAAAAUCA